AUUGUUUCUAUCUCAUAUAUGAUUUUUCACACAACAACAGUAAUCAUUUUUGUUCAACUGUUCAUUGGAGGUGUUACACACAGACAGUAUGGCUUUCAAAAUUUUAACUUUAAUUUUAUUGCUUUUUGCUAUCAAAUACGUUUUCACUGAAGGUAAUCUUUACGUCAUACACAACGUUUACGACAACAAAAAAGGAAAAGUUACAAAUCAUUAUAAAGGGUUCACAAGAACAACUUGCUUGGUAAGAUGUGGUAAUGAUCAAGAUUGUGACACGGCAUAUUUCAAACCAGACCAGGAUAAUAACUCAUUUGGAGAGUGUUGGUUUGUUAAAGAAGGAGGUGACGAUGACUUAAAGUUACCAAAAAUAUCAGAUGGAGAAAAAGUGGAGUGGUUUGAGAAUGUUUCUUAUUAUGAGACUAAGAAGAAAAACACGAGCUAUAAGGCCGACAACUGGAAGUUACAAGCUACAAAUGUUUGUUUUGGUGCAAAGAAUGGUAGUUAUGGUAAGUUUACAUUGAACCAUACUGGCACUAUGACAAGGUUGAAACUUAAACAUACGGGUGAAGAAUCUACAUUGAAUUGCCGAAGUGACGUUAGUAACGUUACCUCUCGAUGGGGCUGUCAUUAUUAUGGAGAAGAGUGGAUUCUGACUGUAAUCACUGACAAAAACAACACAAUCAUAAUCCCAAAUUCAAAACACGGAUCUUACAUUCUUUCUGGAUAUAAUGCAAGCUCGCCAUAUCUUCAAUUUGAUAAUCUAAACAUAUCUGCAAAUUAUGGAGAUGAGCUAAGAAUCUGGUACUUUCUAGAUUUAAUAGAUCAUUAUUAUGAGAGUGUUAGUGAAGGAAGAUCAUGUGCAGACGUACAUGCUGUUUUCUACGAUUAACUUAAAUGUUUGCAACCAGAUUUCAUUCACAUGCAACUUUUUUUGUUUAAUAAAAUUUAUUUACUUUCUAAAUGUUGUGUGUAAAUUUUGUUUGUUGUAAAUUUAACUACGUGUUAUAAAGUAUAGCGUACAAAUAUAAAGACGAGACAACAGGCGCUGAAAACGAGGUUGCGUUCAUACAUUUUUUAGUUAAAAUAUUUGGGUUUUUCCCUCAAGAUUUCUCUAAACUCGACUUUUUGAGUCUUUUAAAAUCGCAGCUAUUAUAGGUAAGAAAAAGCGAUCGCAAGCAGUUAUGGACAAUUUUAAAAGAAAUUGUCUAGAACAGCUCAAAUAAAUUUUUUCAAACUAAAAAAAAUCCAAAGCUAAUUUUGUCCAAUAAUUGUUCUUGUUCGCUAUCUUUUUUUUUUUUUUCACCUAUGACUGGUAAAUAUUCAUAUUGACUUAAUUGAUCAAUUUUUUUCAUAAGCACGUUAAUGGACCUUUCCCGAAUUUCCUAAUUAUGUCAAACUCAAUUAAAGAGGUCGAUACUAAAUAUGUUUCUUAUCCCUAAGUUCCUUAGCAAAAGGUAGAACAAAUUACCUAAUUUCGUAAAUAUUUCUGUUCGUUAAGUGUUUCAAUUUCGAACUGAAAAUUACAGUCAAACCUUUCAUAUAGCCAAUCUUUCUAAAAAUAGCCUCGUUUUCAAAAUAAUUAUUUUCUUCAAAUCUAAAUACAAUCCAACCAGAAUAUUAUAUUGCUCUAAAAACUUCAGUUUUGUCAUGAUAAUUGGAUGUUUUAUUUUAAUAGCAUAGAACCAUUAUAAAAUUUUGGAUGACGUCAUAAUUAUUAUAAUUUAUGAAAUUCGGGAAAGGUGUAUUGUAAGAAAAUUUGUGGAAAAAUUCGUAUUAAGAACAAAAUGAGUCAGAAUUCCAGAGCUCUCUUCUUACUAUUAAGAACAAAAUAGAAAAAAAUCUUGAAAAACAAGAACAGCCAGCCUCAGCUCGGCUUUUUGUAGUUAAAUGCAUUUCUUUAAAUAUAUACCCUGCAGGUAACAUAAAUUUUGUUUUAAGAAACUACAGGAACAACCUCGUUCCCAGGGCAUUUUGCUUUGUGAUGCACUCCGUAAUAACAGCUUAGGGGCCACAAGACCCUGGGGACGAGGUUGACUACAGGAACUUUCUUAAAGUAACGUUCUUUUUUCCUUAAAUUAAUUUUACGUAUGGGAAUUUUCUUUAUCUUUAUUUUCUCUUUGAAAGUUAACAUACACUGUACAUAUAAUUCACAUUUUAUUUAUUAUAUAUUAAAAAUACCAGUUUUAAACCAUUAAUUUGACUUCACAUCUCUUUCUCACAAACAAGCAAAUGUAACGUCAAUUUCUCUAAUAAACGCGUCUUUCUAUCGGAGUACUUAUUUCUAAAUUAUAAACAAAUCUCACGGUGUUAGUUCAAAGAAAUACAUUGAUUUUUUUGAGGUUUUUUUACAUACACAACCAAGUCUUUUUUUAGUAAAAAAUCAGUUGUGAAGAGGAAGACCAAGAAGUCGAAGGUGUUAUUUACAAAUUUUUUGUUAUUUAAAGUUAUGGUGUUAUCAUAUAAUCAUUAGCUAAAUUUUAUUAUAAUUUGUGUGAAGCAUGUAUAUGAAACGAAUCGUCUUACGAAGAGAAACAAAAAAUUAUUUUAUAAUUGAAGUUAAAGACUUUAAGUAAUUAAAAAUUUUCAGCUCGGGUAUUAAAAUGUAGAAUAUUUCAACUUUGUUUUUCUUAGUAAUUGUACGCUGUAUAUAAAAUGCACAAUUAUUUUAAAGACAUACACAUGGGAUUUACAAUUUAACAGAAUAGUCACCUUUAUCUACAGUAUUGUUUUUUCGCGAAUUUUUUUCGCAAAAUUGAGCUGAUGUAUGUUUUUAUAAGAAGUCUUACUAAAAGUGUACUUACCAAAGGUUUUUUUAAUUUUCUUAUAAGUUUUAGUCCAAAACAUUUCUUACAACGUCCUCCACUCUUUCGUAAGAAAAAAUUAUCAUAGUCAUUCAGAGUU